AUGAGACUGUCAUCAACUAAGAAUUUAGUUCGGUUGGUUGACAGUAAGCCUCGGCUAGUCACUUUUUUGUCAUGUCGGGGGCAACAAACAGAAGUACCAAAAAAACUUGAAGUGUUCAUCAAUGACAGGAAGGUGCUUGUCGAUCCAGGUACCACGAUAUUGCAAGCUGCAUCAUGUCUUAACAUUGAUAUUCCACGAUUUUGCUAUCACGAUCGUCUUUCAAUAGCUGGGAAUUGCCGCAUGUGUUUAGUCGAAGUUGAAAAACAGUGGAAACCUGUAGCAUCAUGUGCGAUGCCUGUAAUGAAUGGCAUGAGAGUACAGACUAAUUCGCCGAUGGCAAAGAAAGCUCGUGAAGGGGUAAUGGAGUUUCUGCUUCUGAAUCAUCCACUUGAUUGCCCAAUUUGCGAUCAGGGAGGUGAAUGUGAUUUACAAGAUCAAUCCAUGGCAUUUGGCUCAGACAGAAGCCGCUUGCAAAUUGUACAUGAUGGCAAAAGAGCAGUCGAAAAUAAAUACAUUGGACCGUUGAUUAAAACGGUAAUGACACGAUGUAUUCACUGUACGCGAUGUGUUCGAUUCGCCAAUGAAAUCGCUGGUAUUUCAGAUUUUGGUACUACUGGUCGAGGAACUGAUAUGGAGAUUGGAACCUAUGUUGAAAAGUUAUUUGCAACAGAGUUAUCAGGCAACGUUAUUGAUAUUUGUCCAGUUGGUGCUCUUAUCAAUAAACCAUACAGGCAAAUAAUUCUUUAUUACAGAAUACUUUUUUCUGCAAGACCUUGGGAGCUGCGAAAAGUUGAAAGUAUUGAUGUAAUGGACGCCAUUGGUUCGAACAUCGUCAUUGCACAUCGUACUGGAGAAUUGUUUCGAAUCACUCCAAAAUUAUGUGAGGAUGUAAAUGAAGAAUGGAUUAGUGACAAGACACGUUUUGUUGUGGACGGUUUGAAACGGCAACGACUUGGACAGCCAAUGUUGAGAGUACAAAGUGGUUCUUUUGAACCAUGCAGUUGGGAAGAAGCCUUGUUUGCUGUUGCAUCAAAAUUGCGCUCAACUCCUCCGGAUCAAAUGGCUGCAUUAGUUGGUGAUCUGUGUGAUACAGAAUCAUUAGUAGCUUUGAAAGAUCUCAUGAAUCGGUUUGAUAGUGAACUGGUGUGUACGGAAGAAUACUUUCCCGAUGGCAGUGGCGGUACAGAUCUUCGAUGCAAUUAUGUCAUGAAUGAUAAACUUGUUGGCGUGGAAAAAGCGGAUGUUUUACUAUUAGUCGGUACUAAUCCGCGGUUUGAGGCUGCAGUUUUUAAUGCUCGUAUACGUAAAAGUUUUCGACACACCGAUAUUGAAAUUGGUGUCAUUGGCGAGAGAAUUGAUCUGAAAUAUGAAUAUGAGUAUUUGGGUAAUAAUGGCAGGGCAGUGGAUGAUAUAGUUAGUGGCAAAGGAAAAUUCGCUAAACAAUUGUUAGAAGCAAAACGACCUAUGAUCGUUGUUGGUUCAGGAGCGUUACAAGAAAAACAUGGCUCUGCUUUACUUGGGAAGAUUCAGAUUUUUGCUGAAAAGCUAAGAAAUAAAGUCGGAACUUCUGCAGACAUGAAAAUUGUGAAUGUUUUGCAACGAAAUGCUUCACAAGUUGGUGCUUUGGAUAUUGGAUAUAAGGCAGGUGUUGAAUGGAUUCAGAAUUCUGUCAAGCCCAUCAAGUUUUUAUUUAUGUUUGGAGCUGAUGGUGGUUCAAUAAAAAAAGAAAAUUUAGCAUCCGAUGCCUUUGUCGUUUAUCAAGGACAUCAUGGUGAUAUUGGAGUUGAACUAGCGAAUUUGAUAUUACCAGGUGCUGCCUAUACCGAAAAAGAUGGGACAUAUGUUAACACAGAAGGUCGCGCGCAAAGAGCAUAUGCUGCAAUAACUAUCCCAGGAGAUGCAAGAAAUGACUGGAAAAUAAUACGAGCUAUCAGUGAAGUUGCUGGCAAAGUUUUGCCUUAUAAUGAUCUUGAUCAGCUGAGAGCUAGAAUGGCUGAGAUCGCUCCUCAUCUCUUGCGCUGUGGUAAAGUUGAAGAAUGUACAUUUCAAGAACAGGCAGCGUUAUUAGCGGAGUCUGGUAAUACUGACGUGUUGCUGAAGCCCAACUUGAUUGAAUUGGGUGAUUUUUGGAUGACGAAUUCAAUAUGUCGUGCAUCAAAAACAAUGGCUGAAUGUAUUCGUGCUUAUAAACGCUACAAGCAAGAUCCGUAUACGGAAGAGAAAUCUAUAUCUGUUUAA